AUGGAAAUUACUAUGAGUCAAUCACAGUAUUAUAUAUUAAUAUUUGAUGGUGCGACGACAUCCCCAGUUAUUAUUAAAAAAUUUUUCACUGCUGUCUCGGUUUGUCGGAAACGUAUUAAUAACGAUAUUAAAAUUUCCACUAUUGAACCUAUGGAAAAUAGUAAUUUUUCAAAUUCUCGUUGUUCGCUACCAAUUCUUAACAAGCCACAACUUAAAAAUAAUGGUACUCGUUCAAAGAUCGUAACAAAGAAUAAUGACAAAGCACAGCAACAAAACAACAAUUGCACUUGUAGUGAUGGUACGAGGAAGCGCGUAAAAUCAAAUAAUAACAAUCGUUGUGCUACCUUUUUCUCACAAUUAUCUUCCUCAUCAGUUUCUUCGACUGAUGGUGAUUCUUCCGCCGAAAGUUCGGCAAACUUUUCCAGCAUCAACGUAUGUGAUACGAACGUUGUUGAAUCACAUGAUCAAUUUGAUCCCACGGCUGCGCCAAAAAAACGAAAUUCCUUGGAUGAACGUACCAUUAAUAAUAUAAGGCGUUCAUGGUCUCAUAUUGAAGUACGACACUUCAAAGGAUUGUUCAAGAGGAAUCGCGAUAAUGAUGUUAAACGAAGGAACUCUUAUGCUCAUACCACUUCAACGAGGGCUAAUCAACAAAUCGCCUCGGAAUCCGAAUUUAAAGUGUUGAAUCUUGUUCACAAUGUUGACAAUGCUUCAAAUGAUGCUGAUGAAAAUUCAACUAGUUCAGAUGAGGUUGAUCAUUCACCACCGAAAAAAUUGCCUGUUGACUUGUAUGCUUUACAAGCUAACAUGGAGAAAGAAACUGAUGCUGUCACAAGGGCGCGUCAAAUGAGGAAAUUUAUCAUUAGUGAGAUUUAUUCGACCGAACAGAGUUACCUGGCUCAUAUGAGGACCCUCAAAAAGAUCUUCAUGGAUCCUUGCAUUCAAGCAUCGUUGACACCUCAUCCACUUAUGAUUAAAGAUGACGUAGAAAUCAUUUUUGCUCAUAUAGAUGAAUUGAUAAAUCUUUCCGAUACCAUUGUAGAAUCUUUUGAGAUUUCAAUGGACCCAUGGGAAGAUUAUGAUUCGAAGAUGGGUCAAGUGUUUCUGAAAUAUGGAAAUAAGUUUGAGGUUUUCGAAAAAUACGCUGAAAAUAUUCAGAGAAGUCGUCAAUUACUUGCUAAAAAAGUCAAUCAAAGCGUAUUAUAUCGCAAAUUCGUUUCGUCUCAACGAAAAAAGGAAAACAUUAAACUUAAUCUUAAUGAUUAUAUGAUAAUGCCCAUACAGCGCAUUACCAGAUAUUCUUUGUUGCUUAAAGAAUUGAAGAAACAUACAUUAGAAUCGCAUACCGAUUAUAAAGACAUGUGUGAAGCUUUAGAUAGCAUGUUAUCUUUAGCUUCUAGAUGCAACAACAACAUCCAAUAA